AUGGAAUUGGCCGAAGCCGCCGAGUUUGACGUUUACAGCAAGUACGCGCACGAUGUCACGUCGCCAACGUGUCGCGACACGCUGCACAACUUGCUCUCGCGGCCGCAGGUGAACAGCGCUCUAGUCACAGCCGGGCAGGGCAUGCCGCUCGCCCUAAAAUAUUACCUACCCGCCCUUCUGACUGGUCCAAUUCGUCACUGCUUCUCCUACCUAGACUACAUUAAGGUGCUACGAGGGUUAUCGGAAUCUCCGGAGGAUCGGGAAACGUUGACGCAGGUCGAGGGACUGCUGACCCCGUUACAAUUAGAGCUCGGCCAGUGCGUUUCGUUUCAGUCGCUGCAACGUUCGAGCGUCGUGUCGAACUACGGGACGAGGUCGCGCCGUCAAACCGCCUUAGACAAAAUACACGAGCUUCAGCGAAUAGUCGAAAAUUGGGACGCGAAGGAUACGGGGCAGUGUUGCAAUGAGUUCGUCCGAGAGGACAUUCUCAUGAAGGUCAGUUCGGGGAAGCGCCUGACCGAGAGGCGGGUGUUUCUCUUCGACGGAUUAAUGAUCUUGUGCAAGCCGAACUCGCGACGUCAAAGCUCGGUGCACCAGAGCCAUCCCGAGUGUCGCAUUAAGGAGCGCUUCUUCAUACGCAAGGUCGAAAUAGUCGAUCACGUCGACACCGACGAGAUGCGGAACGCGUUCGAGAUCUCGCCCCGCAUUCAGCCGGCGGUUACGUUGUGCACGAAGAACUCCGAGGAGAAGAACGUCUGGAUGGCCGAUCUGGUGAUGAUCAACACGCGCGCGAUGCUCGAUCGAAUUUUGGACAGCAUACUGCUGGACAUGGAGCGAAAGCAUCCGCUUCGGCUGCCCUCGCCCGAGAUAUACAAGUUUGCCGAGCCCGACUCGAAGGACAACAUCAUCUUGGAACAGCGCGAGAACGGCGGCGUGCCUUUAAUCAAGGGGGCGACCCUGUACAAACUAGUCGAACGAUUAACCUACCACAUUUACGCCGAUCCCAAGUUCGUCCGGACGUUUCUGACGACGUAUCGGAGCUUCUGCGCGCCCUCCGAACUGCUGGACCUGCUAAUCGAGAGGUUCAACAUACCGGACCCGUCGUUGGUUUACGAAAUGGACUGCUCCGACACGGACAAGAUGCAGAAGAACUCGCAGCGCGAGGAUUGGAAGCGCUAUCGGAAGGAGUACUGUCAACCCGUACAGUUUAGGGUGUUAAACGUUCUACGCCACUGGGUCGACCAUCACUUCUACGAUUUCGAAAGGGAUCCGUCACUUUUGGAGAAGCUGCAUACUUUUUUAGAGUCCGUUACGGGUAAAAGUAUGCGAAAGUGGGUCGACAGCGUUUUGAAAAUUUUACAAAGAAAGACUGAACCCGAUUUACAAAGGCACAUAAAGUUCGCGUUCGACGAGCCUCCGCCGCCGAUCGAAUGGCACCAUUCGGUAACCGAGGAGGACUACGGAAUUCUGACACUGCAUCCCGUCGAAAUCGCGCGGCAGCUAACGCUAUUGGAAUUCGAGAUCUACCGAACGAUAAAGCCGAGCGAACUGGUCGGCUCGGUUUGGACGAAGAAAGACAAGGAGAUCACCAGUCCGAACCUGUUGCGCAUGAUGAAGCACACGACGAUCGUGACGCGCUGGUUGGAGAAGAAUAUCGUCGAGGCCGAGAACUUCGAGGAGCGCACGGCGAUACUUAGUCGGAUCGUCGAGAUCAUGACCGUAUUGCAGGAGUUGAACAAUUUCAACGCGGUGCUGGCGUUCGUUUCGGCUUUGGGAUCGGCGUCCGUUCAUAGACUGAAAUUUACAUUUAAUAGUUUACCUCAGAAUCUGAAAAAAAUAUUGGAGGAGUGGCGAACGGACGAUCACUUAAAACGUUACCAGGAAAAGUUGAGAUCGAUCAAUCCCCCUUGCGUCCCCUUUUUAGGCAUGUAUCUAACCAACAUUUUGCAUUUAGAAGAAGGCAAUCCGGAUUUUUUACCCAACACCCAGUUGAUCAACUUCUUCAAGCGUCGAAAAGUCGCCGAUAUCACGGGGGAAAUCCAGCAGUACCAAAACCAGCCGUACUGCUACAACGUCGAGCCAAAAAUUAAGAUGUUCUUGGAGACGUUGAGCCCUUUCGGCGACAUGACCGAUACCGAUAUCAGCAAUUAUUUGUAUAGUAAGUCGAUCGAAAUAGAGCCACGGGGUUGUAAGCAAGUUCCUAAGUUCGGACGGAAAUGGCCGGGGUUGAGCCUGCGCAGUCCGGGCACGAAGACAAAGUCCUCGCGCCAGGUGCCGCCUUCGUCCAUCGCGCAUAAUCAACAGAUACUGAAGUCUGAGGCUAAGGAGGACAAUUCGAAGACGGAGGAUUUCAGCGUCUUUGCGCAGGUGCAAUUC